AUGUCGAAGGAGGCACAGACUGAUCCGAGUGUCAUCGAAGACAGCACUACAUCAGAUCUUUCUCUGGAUCCGGAAAGCUACCCCGAGGGUGGAUGGGAAGCAUGGAGCGUCGUUCUUGGUGCCUGGUGUGCGAUGGUCCCUGCAAUGGGGCUGGUGAACACCAUCGGAGUGCUACACGCGUGGACAAGCACGCACCAGCUGAAAGACUACUCUCAAUUUAGCAUUGGGUGGAUCUUUGGCUGCUACGCAUUUUUUCUCUACACAGCAGGCGCUCAAGCAGGUCCAAUUUUCGACGCUUAUGGCCCGAACUAUAUCAUCAUUCCAGGGUCGAUCGGGAUAGUUGCUGCCAUAAUUUGCUUGAGUUUCAGCGAACAGUAUUACCAGAUCUUUCUUUCCUUCAGCGUGCUUGGCGGGCUUUCUGCCUGUACCUUAUUCACGCCCGCAGUGGCAGCAGUUGGCCACUGGUUCAAAGCUCGUCGCGGCUUUGCUACAGGCGUCGCUUGCACGGCAGGUGGAUUUGGGGGUGCUGUCUUUCCACUGAUCAUCCUUUUUGCUGCCCCUAAGAUUGGCUUUGGCUGGGCCAUCCGCAUCAUCGCACUCAUAAGUGCUGUUCUUUGCUUCAUAGCGUGUCUACUCCUGAAGACUAGACUACCGGGCAACCUGAAGAAAGGCGCUUCCAUCGAUUUCAGUGCUUUAAGAGACAUGAAAUAUGCAUCAACCACAGCGGCUGUAUUUUUGGUUGAAUUUGCGGUCUUCAUUCCGUACACGUAUAUCGCGUCGUAUGGCGUACACGUCGGAGUGCAAAGUACGUUGAGCUACCUCCUCAUCGUCUUCUUGAAUUUGGGGGCCAUUCCAGGUCGUUUCCUCCCAGGUCUCAUAGCCGACCGCGUCGGUCGAUUCAACGUGAUGGUCUUAACGUCGUUCAUUUGCGCCAUUCUGACAUUAUCUCUAUGGCUCAAGUCCGGAGACAAUUUGGCUGCGAUCAUCUGCUAUUCGGUUUUCUAUGGCUUUUGGAGCGGGGCAGCUAUCAGCCUUACACCGGUGUGCAUAUCGCAAGUGUGUUCUACGGAGGAUUACGGCAAGAGAAAUGGCACGACCUUCACAAUAGCCAGCAUUGGUGUGCUGACCGGUAUCCCAAUUUCGGGCGCAAUACAGCAGCAUGAUGGCGGAGAUUUCUAUGGGCUAAUUGUGUUUGGUGGAACUCUCUACUUAGCAGCUGCUAUUGCAUUUGCGUUGGCCCGUGGGAUAUGUGGUGGGUGGUCUCUCAAAACUGUUUUUUAG